GCCAUCCGCAGCUGGCGGGCUGCAGGCAAACAGGAUGACGAGCGGGUGACGGGGCGCGGGGAAGGGGGAGUGUGGCCCUGCGUGGGGGCCGGCAGCCCCCGUUCUGCUGUGGGAGCGACGCCGGCGAGAAGGACCUCCGGCGAGGAGGGGAGCGUCACCCACCUCCCCAGGAGCAAAGGCAAGGAGAAGACAGUGGCCAUGGUUGUGGUGGGGUUUCCCUCUAAGGGACGCAGGAGAAGAGCCCUCACUGCCCAGGCACCGGAGCUGCUGGCUUAGCCCUCGGGGGGAUGGCGAGCCGAACGGGGCUGAACACCACGGACAGCCUAGAGCCCCUCUCUGUCCCCGAGCAGUCCAUCGCCCAGGAGGUGGUGGGCCUCCUCUGCAUGGUCCUCCUCACCCUCACCGCUCUGGUGGCCAACACCGUGGUCAUGGUCGUCAUUCUCAAAACCCCCCUUCUCAGGAAGUUCAUCUUUGUCUGCCACCUCUGUGUGGUCGACCUCCUCUCUGCCGUUUUCCUCAUGCCCCUGGGGAUCAUCUCCAGCUCCUCCUGCUUCAACAGAGUGAUCUACAGCAUUGCCGAAUGCCAGGCCUUGAUAUUCCUGAAUGUCUGCUUCAUCAGUGCUUCCAUCCUCACCAUCUCCAUCAUCAGCGUGGAGCGAUACUACUACAUUGUCCACCCCAUGAGGUAUGAGGUCAAGAUGACCAUCAGGCUGGCAGUGGCUGGAGUGAUCUUCAUUUGGGUCAAGUCUGUUCUCAUCACUGUCUUGGCACUGGUGGGCUGGCCUCAAGGCAAUGGGGCCACCAGCGCCAGCCGCUGCACAGUCUACUGGAGCCCUGGGGCCCACAAGAAGGCUUUUGUGAUCAUCUUCAGCAUCAUCUGCUUCGUCCUGCCCACCUUCAUCAUCUUUGCUGUCUACUGCAGUGUCUACCGCGUGGCCCGGAUGGCAUCCCUGCAGCAUGUGCCUGUGCCGGCACAGGCAGCUGCGCCGAGACACCGAUCUGACUCCCUUGCCAGCCAAGUGACCAUCAUCACCACCAGAAACCUGCCGCUGCCCAGGCUGAUGCCAGAGCGCUUUUUGGGAAGCAACAAGGCCAUACUCACCUUGGUCCUCAUUGUGGGACAGUUCUUGUGCUGCUGGCUGCCCUUCUUCGCUUUCCAUUUGCACUCCUCUGUCGCUGCUGGCAUGGCAGCCUCUAUCCAAGAAAACUUCUUGCAGUUCCUCCAGAGAGCAACUUGCACGCUGGAGACCCAUGCCAGCUGCAUCAGCCCCAGCCCCAGGAACAGGCUGGACCAGACCAAGAUGGGCUUCCCCAUCCCAGGUCAAGUUCCUGAAGAGAGCAGCUGA